GCGGCGCGGCGCCAAUCCGGGGGCUCGGAGGGGGCGGCGCGGCGUUCAAAGGCGGUGGGGGCACACAAAGCAUCUGCUUCAGGGCGGCGGCAGCUCCGUCCCCAUCCGGUCCCGGUCCUGUCCGGCGCACUGAAAAUAAAGUUGACCAAGAACUGGAAUAAGAUGGCAUCUGUGCUCCAAAAUGUCAAAGCAACAGUGGCUUGGCGGAAACACCAGCUCCUAGAUGACCUCACUGAGAAUGAGAGUCCUGUGCCAGACAAAUUCAAGAGAAGGGCCUCUCUGAGUUCUAUCAAAACCAUUCGCAUGUCUUUAAGGAAACGGGUACCAUUAAAGCGAGUAGAGCUGAAUUUUCAUAAAACUCCAACUAGGGAAAGUCUGGAACCAAGUCAGAGGUGCCAAACUCUUCAGACUAUUAAAAGAAGAGCAAAAUGCGCUUUUGGAACAGUGUCCCAGAAAAUACAGAAGUCUUGCCAAAGCCCAGUACACUCAAUGGUGACCUUUCCAGCUGAAUCCAUCAGCAGAAGCUGUAUGACUAGUUCUACCAGAAAAAGAAGUGCUGUGCCUCAAACACCUUGCUGUAAGAGUGUUACUCCAGCAGCCAGUUCCAAAGGCACUCCAAGGUCCAGCAAAAGGGCCUUGCUUGGGCCAACGAGGGUGUCAGAACAUAGAGAAUGGAGGGAUUUCUCAUCCUGGCUUGGUAAGAAUGCGGUCUCUCUCCGGAGAUCCAGAAGAGCAGCAGCACUGAAGAGCCCUUAUUCAUCACCUGCACCUUCCAGCAGAAAGAUAGAGUUUGACUGCGAGUUGGAACUGGUCUCCUCAGGGAUUUGCCAAUUGAAGCGUAUCUCCCAAGCAUUCAAUGAUGCCAUUUUGAAAGAGGAGAGUGAUACGACAGUUUCUCUCAUUUGUAACUGAAGAUAGUAGCAACCAGGUAACUAGCAAUAUCAAACUACUACUAUCUAAUGGCACAAAACUUGCAGUCUGUACAGCAAUCCCUGAAACCAUCUCAAGCUAUCAGAAGGCAAGCAAAGAAACUCCAUCAAGCACUUGGUACCUAGAUAGAGAUGGCUGUAACUAUUUAUUUCACAUUUCCAAGUUUAUGAGCACAUAAAGAGGAGAGGUCUGUAUAGCACCUGAAAGGCUGCACUCUAUCUAUACACUUAAAUAAGCCAUUACACUUUUUUUUUUUUUUUUGAUGAAGCAGCUCAGGACUUCCCUUGCUUUCUCUUUUCAAGUAAAGAGAGAAGCAAAAUGGUACCAACCACUGUGUAUUAUCUCCUGCUGAGAUGAGGAAACCAUCUUGAAAAUAACUUUCAUGAGGCAAUAAGUACUUAGAAACUGAUACUGAACUAGCCAGUAAGAAUGGCCAAAGCAAGGGCUUAUGACAGACUUAUGAAGGGUAAUGCUACGUAAGAGUAGUGUUUAAACUGAUAUCCAGUGGCCACGAGAUUUAGCACAAUUACUUUCCAUGUGAAAAAGACUGGUCUAUUAUUUUGAAAGCCUAACUUUUUUGUUUGUUUGUUUUUUGGUUUGUUUUUUUUUUUUUUGUUAUUAGCAAAUGAAAAGUUAUUCAUCAUGUUAGCUGGAAGUUAAUAAAACAGUAGUUACUUCUUUGAGUUCUAAGCAGAACUGCCAUUCCAAAGCAACAGGCUUCUGUGGAGUCACUCGUGCCAGAAGAACAGAGCCAUAUUAGGACUCUUACUUCAUGGCCUUAAGGAUUAGCCUAACUAAUUCUAUCUUAGGUAGUUUGGUUCCAGACAAAUCCAAGCAACUUUGUCAUUUCUUACUGCUGCUUUAGAUAGCAUCUUGGCAGUUGAGUUAAACAUUGCUUUUGUGUUGCAUCUUUCUUUCUGUUAUACACAGAAAUUUGUUACUACAAUUAAUGUAACUUCUUGCAACUACUGUUACUAGCUAAUAUCACUAAGUGGAAGUAUUUUGAUUAUUUAUACUUAGCAUUUGAUACGUGUAUCUUGCUUCUAAUUACUUUAAAAAAAUUAACAUUCAUUUGACAAUCCUUUUUUGGUAGGUCAUUCAGUAUAACAAAGUUUAGUAUAACAAACUAAAGCAAAGAUUUCUCAAGAUUUUAGAAUUCAACAGCAGGGCUGUUUUCCAUGGUAAGUUUUGUGCAGGCUUCUCUGAUUAUGUUCACUGCAAAAUGAACCUUCAAACAAAAGACUGAUUUGGGAAACUUUGCUCUGCGUGAUAACUUUUAAGAUGUGCAUGUGACCUAGUUCCAGUGUUACAAAAAUUUUAAUGGUAUUGGGUAUAAGUAUGAAAAGCAUUUAAUUAUGAUUUAUGUACAAGUAUUGAUUUUAAACUUGCUUACAAUUUUUCUUCUUUUUUUUCAUGUGAAACAAAAUAAUUUUAAAACAUUGAAACAGUUAAUGAGGCCUGGAAACAUGAAGGCAACCCUUUCAGCCGGAAGACUUUCAGAUGACUGAGAAUUUUAGCUUAUGUUAUUUCUUGAUGUAGUGUUUGUGUGUGUUUUGUGGGCUGGUUUUUAGAGUUUUUUAACAACUUUUCUAUAUCGAAGUAUAGAAAAGUAUAUUAUCUCCAAGUUAUUCUUUGCAUGUCCUGAAACUACUUCUAUAAAGCUUUCACAAAGAUGUUGUCUUAGUGAAAUGCCUUCUUCUAUGACUUUUGAAAAGGAAGGAGGGUUGGAGUUUUUGAGAAGUUGACCUCCAAUCUAAGUAUUAUUUCAGACAGAUUAUAUUAUUAUUAUUUCGAACAGCCUCCAUUUAUAAUGUUUCCACCAGCUACUCAGACAUGUACAAUCAUGAGCCAAUAUUUAUCAAAUUACUGGUAAGAAAAAUCACUGACACUGUUUGUUUAAAGGCAAGGAAGGUUUUAUUUAAGUGGCUAAUCUGUUUUAAGAUUUUAAAAACCAGCUCACAUCAAAAUCUAUAGCAGUUGUAGAAAUCUUACUCCUUAUUUCAUAUUAAGAAAUACAUUAUAAUACAUUUUUGAAUCUUUACAAGGCAGCCAUAAGAAAUAUAAACAUUUGUCACCAGAUAGAACCUUCUCACUGACAAUAUUUAAAAGUAUGCACUUAAUAAAACUAUAGACUGAAAGAACACCUACAA